UCCGCGUCCGACUGAUGCCGAGCGUGCUCGACGUCCCCGGGACCACGUUACUAUAACGCAUACGGCCCGCAGACGCCGAAACGCCAGCCUACCCCGCGUACAGUGCAAAACCGAUGUAAACAGUUUUUUAUUUUCUGACGAACGAUCGCACAUACAAUUACAUGACAAAACGGGCAUACUUGCAUAUAGAAACACUCAACCACAAUAGGUACACACACGCACGCACAAAAAGAAGCCGAUAACAAGUUUUGGUCUUCAUGAUUCGUAGCCAGGAAAAAACGUAUUCGAAUUUUUCGAUUUUUUCGCUCGUACUGUUAUACACGUAGGUAUAAUACACACGCGUAAAUAGUUGAACAAUAAUAUUCUGAUAAUAUUUUGUUGAUCACACGAAAAUUGAUCGCUGUCGUCGUAUCGUAUCGUAUCGUAUCUUAUCGCGUCGUAACGCAACGGUGUGUCGUGUGUGUACUAUUUAAACUAACGUCGCCAAAACCUCUUUUCACCCCGUCAUUGGGGUGCCUGAAACCAUCCGCCGAUGAACGCAAACCCUUGGGGUUGGCUUAUCGUUGUCGUCGUCCCGACAUAAUCGCCAUCGGAACCGGCGGAGGUACGGCGGCGGUCCCGGCGGUCAUCGGCGGUGAUGCGCGUGGUGGCGAGGGGCACGUGUUAUGGGAGGAACGGCGAGCGUGGAGGUCGUCUCCCGUAGAGUCACUGGGUCAUUAUGCCGGUCAGCAGCAGCACAGAGGUACCAGAUGCCAAAUGCUGUUGUAAACACUGUCAAGAUCGCGGCCGCGGUGAGCUGUUUUGGAAAAUUCAGCUUGACCAAGACCUGGUGGACACCAUUUCGUCAAUUUACCCCGAGUGGUUCCGCCAACAACAGCAGCAGCAGCAGCAACAGCAGCAGCAGCAACAGCAACAGCAGCAGCAACAGCAGCUGCAGCAACAGCAGCAUACCAACUCGUUGACCAUGCAGAACAAUAUUUCACAAUCGUCUCCGCCCUCAGCCGAGGUGGACGAAUCGCCGUUGCAAAAGUCUAUGGACAAAAACAAAGAGUCUCUCAAAGUCAAGUUGAUGUUGAGGAGACCCAUUAACCAAUUGGUUGCCCAAGGAAUUAUGCCCUGUUUGAAAAGCCCACCAGCCUUCCAUGAACAACGACAAAAGUUGGAGAGGGCCAAGAUGGGCGAUCUGUUGAAAGCCAAAAUUCAACAGAGGCCUGACAAACAGCAGCUGGUCAGACAGCACAUAUUAGAGGACGUCGGUGACGUUGACCGAUCAUUAGCCGAACGUCAGCGCAUGUUGGUCAAGUGUCGUUUGGCCGAUUCGCUAAAUACCCAACUAGCACAUAGGCCAGGUCCUUUGGAAUUGAUCAAAAAGAAUAUACUUCAUACAGACGAGCCUAUUGAAAGGGCCGUUAAAGAGGGUCAGAUCGAAUUCAAAGCCACCAGCGAAGGACAAAAGGUCAAACCUGAACUCCCCGAUCAGUAUUUGACUUUAGACGAGGACUCUCAAAGUUCGGGCGGUGCUGGAAGUUCGUGUUCUCCGCCUCCGCCACCACCGCCUCCACCACCACCGCCACCAACGGUAGCGCUGACCCACAGGCCAGCGUAUGAUAUGAUAGAGACAGCCGCUGCCAACGCAGGUAUUGUCACCUUAACGUUACUACCUUCACCCUUGGGCUCGUCCACGUCCAGCUUGUCACCAAUGAGUUCUGUUGCCUCACCGCCACCCCCUGCGCCUCCACCAAUGCCUCCGUCAACUCUACCGCUACAGGUGCAUGGGCAGCAGCCGGCACCGGGUAAGGACAAAAACCGAAAGAAAAGCAAAAGUAAGUCGCAGGCGAAGACCAGAACGAUCAAGUUCCAUGAGUACAAAGGUCCACCAAGUGCGCAUAAAUCGCAAAAUUUAAAUGCCAAUUCGGCUGAGACCUCGUAUGAAUUGCUUUUGCAGCAGCAGCAGUUGUUCUUACAGUGGCAACUCGAAUGGCAACAAAAAUAUCCUCAACUCAUACUGCCCGCCCCACCACACAAAUCGACCUCAUCAAUCGUUGAGCAAUCUUCUACUGUAUCGUCGUCGUCGUCUUCAUCGUCUUCGCCGUCGUCUGCGCAAUCUUCUGCGUCGUCUACAGCGUCCGCCCAGACCAUCAACAAUCUACCGCAGAUUAUCGAAACCCGUUCAUUACGAAAUCUCGAUGAUUUAAAGGUGAGUGACUUAAAGGCUGAGCUGAAGAAACGUAAUUUACCCGUGUCUGGGCCGAAACCACAGUUAAUUGAAAGGUUACGAUCAUUUGCUGAACACAAUUCGGACUUGUCGAACAUGAUACUAUCACCCAGUAGUCAUUCGAAUCCAAACAGUCCUCCGCGGUCGUCGUCCACGCCACCACCGCCACCUCCUCCACCCCCACCACCACCCUUACCAUCACCGGGAUCCCAAAAUACGCCAGAAGAAGACCGCAUCAUACGGGAACAACAGAGGCGCAUAGAACAGCUACAAAAACAACUACUUAACUCCCAACUACAGCUUCAACAACAACAGCAAACCAGGGUACAAACAUUCCAGCCUCAUCAGCCGGUUAAUGCGAAAGCAAAUCUGGCAGCCUUCCUUCAGCAGCAACAGUUGAACCAACAACAAAAACAACAGAAACAUAUGAUCUUGACGACGAACAACAAUAAUUCAAUGAAGAAUAAUAACAACAAUCUUGAGACAACCAAACGGAGGAGCAAUACAAUCGUAUUGGACAAGGAACAAGCGGCAUCGAUUUUGAGUCAGUUAGACCACAACAAUCAAAGAACAACUUCUCUGCCGAAUUUUUUGGGUACGUUCGUUCAACCCAACCUGACUACCACCAAUAUCAACAACAACAACACUAACAUUAACAACAACAACAAGCCGACAAUUACAGUCGUUCAGACCCCCUCCGGGUUCCACAAAGUGGUGGAUGACGACAAAAUCGACGUUCCCAUGGUAGUAGAUGACGUGAAAUUGCAGCAACAAACCACCGUAAACUUGCCAUCGCAGCAGCAGCUAGUAGAGAGAGUUAUUGAAUCAUCGUCGGAAAAUCGACACCAAGACACGUUGGAAAACAACAACCAAAGUCCAAAACAGGAGGACGUAAAACCACCAUCACCAUCGUCGUCUCCUUACAUCGAUAUUAACAGUCUGCCAAUGGUGUUCGACGACACUAAACUGUUUCAAAACGACCAUUUGGCUGACACUUGCCGGCAUAAUGUGUCCAAAAGUCAGAUGAUGGACGACGUCCUGGAGAUAUUGAUCAGGAACGGCGAGUUGCCCGCGUCGGCGGCGCACGAUCAGACGUCUGCGGGAUCCGGAGUCGAUAACUCGGUGGUAAAUGCGGCAUCCGACUUCGAUAUACACAUGGACGAUCCAUUCGCUAUGGACGUGGUGUGCAACGAUGACCUAAUGAUGGACGUGGAUACCGACUGGCUCGAUUCAUUGGAUCUGCCACCACCAUCAGCUGAACCGCUGGCCGACCUGUUCAAUGGUGAAGCCGCCGACAAUGACUUUAAACUUCCUGCCAAUAUGGACUUCCUGUGGGACCGAAUAGACUUCGCGACGUAAUUUUACUUGUAAAAUAUUAUUAUAUCGUCGCUACGUAUGUGUACACGUUUACUUCUAUAUACGUGCGUAUUGCGCGCUAUCGUUAUCGCCAUUCCCCUUCGUCUAUUUUUUCUCUGUUUCUUCAUCUCUUCUUCACUCGUCUGAAAAUUCUCGUCCAACGUCAAUAAAUCAAGUAUGAAGUAAACUAACGUUUGUUUACAUUUACCAGUCAUAUCAUCUCGAGUCGAUUGAUCGUGUCGACCGAUUUGUAUAAAGAUUUAAAAAAAAUUAUUACAUUUUAUUUAAAUAGUUAAAAACAAUAAUAAAUUGACGAAAAAUUAUUAUAUGCUCAUUUAUUUACCAGGGUCGUGUUUACUUAAGGAAUAUUUAUUUAGAGAAAUUAUAAAAAUACAAAUAAUUUUUCUUUCUUUUUCAUUGCUCAAAAUUGUAUAAUUAUUAUUUAUUUUUUUUUUUAACAGAAAAUAAAAUAAUAAAAAAACUAACCCAUUAAAUCCAUUAUCUGUGGUUUACAUUCCUUAAUUUUUAUUUAAAAGAUUAAAAUAAAAACGUCCGGCAUAAUGAUAUAUAGUGUUUAAUAAAUAAACAAAAAUAUUAUUUUAAAUAUCGUAUUUUAUUUGUAAUAAGUAUCUUGUACAUAAUAUAAUAUGUUUGUAUUAAACUAUCUUUUUUUAAAUAUUAUUAAGUAUUACUAAUUUCAUAGUUAAAUUAUAUUUUUAUUUAUUUUUAAAUAAGAAGUAAUAAAAUGACAAAAAAGCGGUUGAAAAACGAUAUACAUAAUUAUAAUAUCCGCUUAACCAAUGAAUAGGUGCUGAAUAGUUAUUAAAAUAGUACCAUAGUAUUAUAUUGUAUAGUGAGCGCAUGUGAAACGGCAUACGGCACACCUAGUGCCGUCAUUUACCUCGAUGGGCUGUGCGUCGUACCGGGCGAAAACAGAAUUAUUAUUAUAUUAUUUUUUUGUUUUUUUUUUUAGAAAAUAUUUUUCUCUCAAAUGUAUGUAUUAUACAAAUAUAUUUAUUAACCUUUUCUCAGCGUC